CCCGCGCGUCGGUGGUCUAGGGCUCAGUGGGCAUCACGAGGUGCACUGGGACGUUCCACGCAGCGGACCGACCCUCGCCAGCUCCGCAGAGAUGGGGUGAAUUGGGGCGAGAGCGGCAGACAGGAAAGCUGGAACCGGCAAGGGGGCGUGGGCCCUCUGGCCACCUGUUCCUCCCACGAGUGCGCUCCGCUCCGCGCGGAUUGGCCGCAGUGCCGCCCGGCACCGGAAGUGGCCGGUGUCGGUCGCCCGUGACACCAGACAACAGCUGCGGUUCUGUGCGCGCCGCGCUGCAGCGCUCUGGGCCCAGCGGAGUGAGCGUGGGCGGCAUCCGCUAGCGGUCGUGAUGGGGACUGAGAAAAAGGAGGUGCUUCCUAAGGAAGAAAUUUCUGAAAGAUCUGAGCCAGAGGGGCCAACGUUAGAAAAACUUUCACAGGAGGGUUACCAAGCCUAUGAGUUUGGAGCAGCAAGUGAUGAAGACAUACUAGAGGGGCGUUUGAGAGAAUCCUCGGAAGAGCUUAUAGAGCACAUGCCUCCUCAGGAGAGAGACUUUGCAUCAGGGCUAAUUAUCUUCAGGAAGUCAUCCUUAGGUGAGAAAAAGCAGGGUAACAGUGGGCGUGACAGAGGCUGCAGUCCCGACCCAAGUGUGGUGGUGUGUCAUGGAGCUAUGCGGGAGCCCACUCCAGCAGACAGGGCUAGUGCAUUUGCUGCUUCUGGCCAGAGCUUCACGGAGAGUGCACAGCUUCAUAAAGCACAGAGGACUCCUGUGGGAGAAAAGCCUCACACAUGUAAAGAAUGUGGCAAAGCUUUUAACCAGAACUCACACCUCAUCCAGCACUUGAGAGUUCAUACUGGAGAAAAACCCUUUGAAUGCAAAGAGUGCGGAAAGACAUUUGGAACCAACUCCAGCCUUCGAAGGCACCUGAGAAUUCACGCUGGAGAGAAGCCAUUUGCUUGUAACGAGUGUGGGAAGGCCUUCAUUCAGAGCUCACAUUUGAUCCACCAUCAUAGAAUUCAUACGGGAGAAAGGCCUUACAAAUGUGAAGACUGUGGGAAAGCCUUCAGCCAGAACUCAGCUCUUAUUCUGCAUCAGAGAAUCCACACUGGAGAGAAACCUUAUGAGUGUAAUGAAUGUGGGAAGACCUUCAGGGUUAGCUCACAGCUUAUCCAGCACCAGAGGAUUCAUACUGAAGAGAGAUACCAUGAGUGCAAUGAGUGUGGCAAGGCCUUCAAGCAUAGCUCGGGCCUCAUCAGACACCAGAAGAUCCACACUGGAGAAAAGCCCUAUCUGUGUCAUGAGUGCGGCAAAGGCUUUGGUCAGAGUUCUGAGCUUAUCCGUCAUCAAAGAAUUCAUACAGGGGACAAACCCUAUGAAUGCAAUGAGUGCGGGAAAACUUUUGGCCAGAACUCAGAGAUUAUUAGACAUACCAGAAUUCAUACUGGCGAGAAGCCCUAUGUAUGCAAAGAAUGUGGGAAGGCCUUCAGGGGCAAUUCAGAACUUCUUAGACAUGAGAGGAUUCACACUGGAGAGAAACCUUAUGAAUGUUUCGAGUGUGGGAAGGCUUUCAGGCGGACCUCUCAUCUAAUUGUCCACCAGAGAAUACACACCGGGGAGAAACCCCACCAGUGUAACGAGUGUGCAAGGACCUUUUGGGAUAACUCUGAGCUGCUGCUUCACCGGAAGAUUCAUAUCGGAGAGAAACCUUACGAGUGCAGUGAGUGUGAGAAAACCUUCAGCCAGCACUCACAGCUCACCAUCCACCAGAGAGUUCACACGGGAGAAAAGCCGUAUGAGUGUCAGGAGUGCCAGAAGACCUUCCGUCGGAGCUCUCACCUCCUCCGACAUCAGAGUGUUCACUGUUGAAUGACCCCAAACCAGGAAGGGUUGCUGGGGAAAGGCUGAAGUCAGAUUUCUUCAUUUGUUCAUUAUCUAUACCCAGGUUCUUGGAUCAAAUGAACGGACAGAACUCCCUUGCCCAUUCCCCAGUUUUGUUCUGGUAGCUGGCUGAAAGUGAUGAGGCAAUUUUAUGAACUAUUUAUUGAGAAGUUUCAGUGUUCUGAAUUAAAUCAUAAAAGUUGUUGCUGGG